AUGGGCGGCAACACAGAUUCUUCUCCUGCCCCUGUCCCCACGACAACAGCGGCAAUCCUCGCGGGUUCCGUUCUUGCAGGCGCCAUCUUGUCAAUCUCAAUCAUCUCCAUUCCCGUCUUAGUGGAAACCAACAACGACCCCACGCUUUUGCUCAGCCAGUGGGCACGGCUUUACGGCUACGGUGUCAAGAUCAUGCCGGCCAGCGCGAUCGCGACAUUGCUUCUUCAUGCCUUCUCCGGCAUUACCAAUGUUCGCGCCUCGCGGCCGUGGCGCGUCUACGGAGUGGCCGCCGCCACGACAAUCAGUAUUGCCCCGUUCACCUGGCUCGUCAUGGCGCCCACAAACGCCCGCUUGUUUGAGCUCAAUGCUGCUGGGGCCGCUGGGGCCGCUGGAGGGCUGAGUCUGACCGAGGUUCACGAGCUGUUGGAGAGAUGGCGCUGGUUGAAUAUAGCCCGUUCUUUGUUCCCCCUAGCGGGUGCCAUCUGGGCAGCUACGGGGCCGCCGUAG